UCCCACUAAUGGGUGCGGAAGUUUUCUGUGUUCUCCAUAACUCGGUUCCUUGUGGUAUGGUAAGCACAAUGCAUACAUCUAGUACAAGAAGCCGGGUACUGGAGAGUUUGUAUUUUUAACGCUAAAGAGAAGCUGCAUUUUGUGGCAUGCACCGUUUUCUAACAUUGCUCCAAAAAAUCCAAACCAAGGUAAAGCUACCGUUUCUCUGUCAUCUGAUUGCAAUAGGUUGUAUGAUCAUAGUUCAAUUAAAUUAAACGUUGAGGUCUAUUUUCAACAGUUUCUAAUGCUUUGCGGACUGAAGUUGGCCAUUAAAUCCAAAACAGUGAUUUCUGAUGUGGACUGAGAAGAGAUGGGUCUUUUCAAUCACUCCUGAAUGGUAAUAAAGGUCCUGUUCUCUUUAAUGCACACCAGAAAUUGGCGUGAGCAAGCGUUUCAAAGUGGAUUUAAAUGCCCACUACGUUCCGCAAAGUGCCUUGCGGAAAGGACCUACCAGGCUUUUUAAUUCAAGAAUUAAACAUUGAGUGAGAUUCCUGCUUUGUAAGGUUGGAGUGUGUGUGACACAAAGGAGACUACAUUUGGUGACUACAGACCAAACGAGGCAAGAAGAAGUACAUAUGCACAUAUAGCUGGAGAACCAAGAAUCAGAGCUACUUGAGAUAAGUGCACGGGGAUGUAACAUUUGAAGAUACUUCCAGACAGGGUUAUUUCUACGCCUUCAGUGGACAUGGCAACUCCUGUACAGCCGAAAGACACAGCUUCUGAGCCAUGUGGUGAGGAUACUUCUUCACUCCAGCCAGCAGCGGAAACAUUAGGCACACCAUCUGAUGGGCAACAGGAUGUGCUUUCAGACUUCAUUGAUGGCCAAACUUCAGUAUCAUUGGCUGAGGCAUCCAUAUCACCAUAUUUCACAAUCCCUCUGUCAACAGAAAGUACAGCUUGUGUGUCAUCCGAAAAUACAACUGUGACACAGGAUAAUGCAGUGGCUGUGUUACUUGAUCAUUCAGUCCCUGCUGGUCCUGAACAAAUAACUACUCCUGUAGAAAACAAGACUAGUGCACCACCAGAUGACCCAGUCGCUGCUUUAAUAAUGGCAACGUCUUCAACACCUUAUAAUUCCACUACUGCCCCACAAGCAAGGACAACCUCUAUACUACCAGAUCAUUCACUUGAUGCUUCUGCGAACAAGGCAACUUUUUCAGCAGUGGCUGCUGCUCCAGAUAAGACUACUUACCCACCACCCGAUACUUUGGCAGCAUCUUUAGAUAAUGCUACAGAGAAGGGGAAUACAUGUGUUAUGCCGCACGAGGAUAUAUCGCAUAUUUCCGUAGAAAAAUCUUCUCAGGACAAGGAAAUUUCGGUAAUGCAAGCCUCCCAAGACGGUACGAUGGAGCAUACAAUGACUACUCUGCUUGCCAAUGAAAAUUCUGCACCACCAGUGACACUGCCUGUUCCUGUUGAUAGGUCAUCUCCUGCUUCAUCAGAUUACCAAAUGCCUGCUGCUCUAGAUAAGCCAACUUUUACGCAAACAGUUCAAACGAUGGCUGCUCCUUCAGUUAAGGAAAGUGCUCCACUGUCAGAUGUAAUGUCUGCCCGUGGAGAUGAAGGAACUCCUGAACUAUCAGAAAAGCAAACUCCUUCAUAUCAAGCAACUCCUGUCCCAUCAGCUUAUACGUUGCCACCUCCAGCAGUCAGUACGAUUUUUUCAGCAUCAUUUCUGAAGCCUGCAUUUGUGCGUGAAGAAAGUCAUGUUUCAUCAUCACCAGAUAUGACAGUGGUGACAGCACUUACUGAAACAAAGACUGAUUGCCUUGAUAAGGCAUUAAGUUCACCACUUGCGGAUACAAGUCCUUUAACAUCAGAUAAUGGGUAUUCUGUACUGGUUGAUGUUUCAGCGCCUCAGGAUGUGGAAACACUCUCAGCAACUGAUGAAGCAAAACCUUCUGCUCCAGAAUCUCUUUCUGUAGGUGAUCAAGCAUAUUCACCCUUAGCUACACUCGAUGAGACAUCUCCUAUGCAAGCAAAUACAUCUGCACCUCCAGAGAAGUCAACUGAGGCGUCAAACCUUGAUUAUCCAGACAAUCUCACAACUUCUUGUUCAGCUAAGAUAGCUGUUGCACUGGGUGGUAAAGGGCUUGUUUCGCUCUGUACGGAAACUCCAGCAUUACCAGGCGACACAUUACCUGGUCCAUCAGAUACAACACCUGCUAUUUCAGAUGCGACAGAUGUCACACCACCAGAUGAGACAGAUGUCAUCCGACCAGAUGAGACAGAUGUUACACGGCCAGAUGAGACAUAUGCCACACCACCAGAUGAGACAGAUGUCACACCACCAGAUGAGACAGAUGUCACACGACCAGAUAAGACAGAUGUCACACCAUCAGAUGAGACGCAUGUCACACGACCAGAUAAGACAGAUGUCACACGACCAGAUAAGACAGAUGUCACACCAUCAGAUGAGACACAUUUCACACCACCAGGUGAGACAGAUGUCACAACACCAGAUGAAACUUAUGUCAUACCACCAGAUGAGACAACGCAGGCUAGUCAUAACAUAACAGGAAUAAUUCUGGACAAGGUAUCUUCGCAUCAACAGGACCAUGCUCUUGUAAAGGAGGUCUUACCUGUGAAUCUUACUGGUGCAAAACCAGAGAUUUCACCUCCCAUUUGUAAACCCACUGUGUCACUUGAUUCUUCACCAAAACAAGUAGAAAUGGGUAUUUCAGCAACAUCUGUCACCGCCACAAGACCACUGUCUGCUACACCACCUGGGGAAGCAUCGUAUGCACCUAUAGCCAGUAUGGCCCGGAUGCUAACUGGCGGUGUAUCAGCUGUGAAAAGCUCCUCCCAACCACAGCCAUCAUCUUCUGUUUCAGGACAAUUGAUAUCUGCUACAGCCUGUCUGCCCCAAGCACAGCCAGUCAAUAGAAUUUGUGCCCCAUUAGACAAGGCUUCUUCGAGGGAGCCAGUUAUUGAUGCAUUAAAGCAGAAGGAUAGGUCAGCAGUGACACUUUGUUCUCUAACAGGAAUCAAACGUGUGCCCUCUGAGUUAAUUGCGGAAGAGGCAGUCCAUUUAGAUAAACCGGUCAUUGUUUUAGAUGAGUCUGGUAUUUCUAGGGACUCAGUUAAUGGUGGUGCUAAUCGGCACCGUAUUGAAAACUUCCUUGCGGAAUCACGAGCCGUUAGGCUUGACCCAGAUGAUUCAAAUGUAGAAAUGGAGAACUCUGAGGAAAAUAAUCUGGUUAGGUCCAUUUUCUGUUUAUCAAAGCCAGCUGAACCAGUACCUCAGACCAGUCUAGGUAGUGGACAUUCUUCUAACGUAGUGUACAGCGUGCCGUCUGAAGCUGAAAGACAGGAAGAAAUGCUGGCUAUGCGAAGGGAUUGCGUUGUAGAUCCAACUUGUGUGAUACCAAAUUCUUCACUGAGAGCUUUGCCAGAACCAGACCGUGGGCUUAACAGCAAUGCCAGUCUGGUCAAAACUAAGACAUUUGAAAAACCUAGUGCGCCUAUUGCCAUAAAGAAAGAACCUCAAGACACUAGUGAAACAUCUGCAUCUGUAUUGGACAGUGAUGCAGAGAGCUCCAUUAUUCCCAAUUAUCACGUCCAGAAUGACAACACCACACUCACUAGACCCAGUAAUGAUGUAUCAUCAAACUCCGUUCUGUUCACAGAUAUGGCAACAGGAAUGGAAAUCAGUGGUAACUCGGCCUCUGUCACAGAUAAUAAUGCCAGUCAGGCAUCUGAUAAGGGAACCACCACGACCAGCGCCCUGCCUUCACUGUUUCAAAGCAAGUUCUCAACUCUUCGGGAGCAGCAGUUAGAUUGUUUGUCUAAAACAGAUAGUACAUCACCCUACACACCACCUGCUGUGCCAGAAAAGCUUAAAGAUAAAUUUUCAGGCUCUACCUUCAAAUGUAUUGGUUGUGAAGACUCGUUCUUAUUCGCAAGCAGUUUAGAAUUUCAUUUAAAUAGAAAAAGCAUGCAAAUAGUUUGCAAACACGAACGUUGUCAGGCAGAGGUAAAAGUUUUCACUAACAGGUGUGCAUUCGCCUCACAUUUGAAAACACACGGCACAAGAGCAGAGAAUGUCGACUUCACCGUGUCUGCUGCAAGUUCCGAAAUGUUGGAUAAGUUUCCAGACAUGGUGAGGUUAUGUGAUUCAAAGUCAGCUGAUGGCAUGGGCUUUUCUGCUCAUUGGAAGUGUAUGGAGUGUGAUUUGCUGUUACCUAGUGCCGAAGCCUUGGCUUCUCAUUUUGUACCAAAGACAGACAGUGGACUAGAAGGGGGAGAAUGUGAAACCUGUAAAAAACAUUUUUGGACGAAGUGUUCCCUAUCGGCACAUGGCCGCACGCACUCUCGUGAAAAACCUUACAUUUGUCCCGAAUGUGGCCAACAGUUUCUGGGCACAUGGGAUGCUUUUUCAAACCAUCUUGGCCUAAAAUGCUUUCACACAUGUCGCACGUCUACAUUCAAAUGUCCCAGAUGUAAUCUUAGUUUAGCUUCUUGUGAUGAGAUGGUCGAACACCUGAUAUCUCAUAAGGAAACUUAUUUCAAGUGCCCAAACUGUCCCAUGGCGUUUAAGACUCAUUCGUCACUGUUGAGUCACGUGCAGUCUGCACAUAUUGCCCAAACGGUGUGCGAUACCUUUAUUUUCAAAUGCGCUGUUUGCGAUACAGUCUUCCGCAGUGAGAACCAGAUGGUGGGACACACAAAUGCCCACGUGAUUGAGCACAACAAAAUUCCAAAGUGUUCAUUUGCGUGUUGGUUUUGUAAGCAGUUGUGUGAUGAAAAGCAGCUUUUAGAAAAACACUUAAGUUCUGCUCACAAUGUUGUACCCUCUCCAAUUAUAUGUGAUCUUUGUGGUGAGCACCUAAAGUCAAUAGAAUCCUUUUUUAGGCAUCUGGAGAGACAUGAAGAAAUGGAUCUCCCGAUUUGCGUUGUUGAUCAAUCGGAGAUUAUAAGUGGCCCUCCCGAGGAACUGGCGAAAUCCCUGAAGAAAAAGAAGAAUAGCGUCAAAAAAGUGAAAUCGCCGACGAGGAUGGCUAAACCAGGUGUACGGAUGUUCCACUGCAGCGUGUGUGAGUUCCACUGUAUCAAAUCAUGCGUUGCUGAAGUCCACGCUCACAUCAUUAAACAUCGUCAGGAAGGCAUCUUCCUUUGUCCAAUUUGCUACACCGCCAAAUUAGAUGAUCUAACGGAUCUUCGACGUCACCAGUUUCUGUGCAGAAAGAAGAAAAAUAGUUCAAAAGGUUCGCCUAAAUCAAUGAAGGACAGCUUGAUGUGUUGUAAAUGUGAUAAAACAUUCUAUACCGAUGAAGACUUGGAAAAUCACAUGCUAAGCGAGCAUGCAAUGGGUCCACAGUUCCCCUGUCAUUUGUGUGGACUGACGUACGACACCCGUAACAACCUGCAACAACACAUUCAGGUUAUUCAUGAAGGCAAGAAGAACGUUUACCUGUGCUGGAUUUGUCAGAGCAAAAACAUUAAGCGGACAUUUACCAUAGCGCCAAAGCUGACAAAGCAUUUGAUUACAAAACACCGAGUCCCGAGAAACACCAUCGAUCCUGAGAAGUUCCCUCGUUUGUUACCGGGAUUGGAUGAUAAAGACAUGGUCGUACCGGGAUCGUCCAAAAGAUCCGGCGGUAUAGACACAAACAAAGCUCCAAUUAAACGUCUAAAAGUUGUUGGUGACGUGGUUUUCAAUUGCGCAAAGUGCAAGUUUUCCUCCGAGGAUAAAGACGAAUUUAAAACUCACAUUAAGGAACACAAGACAGAGACUGACUCUAAGCAGUGCCCGGAAUGUGGACUCUGUUUCUCUGUGCUACCGUCUUUAAAGAAACAUUUGAUCAUGGUUCACAAAAUAGAGGAUGUAAACAAAUAUGUUGAAGCCAGUAGCAUAAAUGAGACUGCAGGUCCAGAGGCUUUGCCCGUUAAAUCAGAUGUGGCGAGCUCGGAGCUGGAGGCUUCCCAGGAUAUGGACAUUGGAAAUCCAUUGGAAUGCAGAGUUUGUUAUAAGACUUUUGAUACAGUGGCACUGCUGAAAUCCCAUAUGCGCACUCAUGGAAUGGCGUUCAUACGGUCAAAACGUUGCGUAGUUAACGCAGCAAAUUAGUGACCAUCAAAGAUGAUUUGGGAGAAAGAUAGCUCCUUACACAUUUUCAGUUUGCUGCCUCGUCUUGCAGUUGUGCGAACUAUUAAUACUUUCUGAUUUGACUCCUUAUUUGAAUAUUAGCCUCAUUAUCCAGGUUUAAUGAUAAUUGGCGCAUGAAGUCCUUGGCUUGAAGUUACGAUACUUGAUUAGCUGGUAGUACUCAUUAAAUGAACUUUCUUUGUUUUCCUUUUGAUUAAAUCUG